AUGCCUCGCCUAGGGAUAGUUCCCUGCGACCGCAAUGUCACAGGCACCAUCGCCAUGAUGGACGACGAUCUGGCCGCUCCGCUGGAGGCCGAAACCGCUUCCUUGAAGCGUACCGAUACCGGCAUCAUUUUGCAUCCACAACCCCAUGACAACCCAAACGACCCGCUCAACUGGCCCACCAUCCGUAAGGAUAUUUGUUUCUUGAUCAUCGGCUUCCAGACGUUUAUUGGAGGUGGUCAAACGCCCAUCUUGGCGGCUGCCUUCUCAUCGCUUGCGGAAGAGUUCAAUGAGCCGCUUUCCGUGAUCUCCUAUUUGGUGGGUGGCUUCAUGUUGGCUCUUGGUGUCGGUUCCGUCUUCGCCAGUCCCACCGCCGUUCUCUACGGAAAACGUUUGGUUUACUUGCUAGGCAUCUUGAUCUUCUUGAUUGGUGCAAUCAUCGCCGCAUCUUCGGAGAACUACGGUGCUCUCAUGGCAGGCCGUAUCUUGACCGGUUUUGGUGCUUCUCCAACAGAGAGUUUGACCUCCGCCAGCUUGAGUGAGUUGUACUUCCAGCACGAGCGUGCCUACAGAACAGGCCUUUACACUCUUUUGUUACUCGGCGGAAAGAACAUCAUCCCGUUGCUCUCGUCCUUGAUGUUCGAGCACUUGGGCCGCCACUGGAUGUACUGGAUCUUGGCCAUGUUUUUGGGCUUGAACCUUAUCCUCACCUUUCUCUUCGUGCCCGAGACUUUCUGGGAAAGAUCUCCUACACCGAGCAAACGGUCUAUUCGAGAGACAGAGGCCGCCCGUCGUGCCCGUAAUUACAUUCCUCCCGAGCAGAGACCCCACGCUUAUGCUCUCCCAUCGUCAGCAAACGUGGUGGACACGGACAGUUUGUCGUCUUCUCGUUUCGAGAGCACCAUCCACGAUAACCAUGGAGAUCCCGUCGGCAUCACUGACAUCCACCACGAAGGCGACCCUUCCAUCGCGUCCACCCCAAAGAGCUUCAAAAAUAGAUUGGCAUUGCUCUCGGGAAGACACACUCCUGACAAAUGGUGGCAGGUUGCAUUGAGACCGUUCUUUCUUUACUUGUACCCACCGGUUCUCUACGGCAGUUUGAUCUAUUCCAUGGCCGUCGUCUGGUUGAUUGUCAUUUCGGAAACCGUCUCUGAUAUCUUCAAGGGCGAAGACUACGGCUACUCGCAACAAACUGUGGGUCUCUUCUACUUGGGUCCCUUCAUUGGCGGUAUGCUUGGCUCGCUCACCACCGGUUUCGUUGGUGAUCGUCUUGUGAGAUAUCUCGCCGCCAAGAACCACGGCAUCUACGAGCCUGAAUUCAGACUCCUCAUGUUAAUACCGGCGACAAUUCUUGAGUGCUUUGGGCUUAUGGGAUACGGCUGGUCCGCCGCAGACGCCAAACCUUGGAUUGCACCGGUUGUUUUCUUUGGAUGCUUGAGUUUUGGCUCAUCAAUGGCCUCUACAACGGCCAUCACAUACACGGUCGACUGCUACAAGAUGUUCGCAGCUGAAGCAUUAGUUUCCUUCAACUUUGCCAAGAACUUCUUGGGCUUCAUCUUCUCAUUGUUCAACACCGAUGUCUACUUUGCCAGAGGCGGUAAAAAUACUUUCGUCAUUUACGGUGUUGUGCAGAUGUUCCUCAGUCUUUGUGGUAUUGGAGUAUACAUGUACGGUAAGGUCUUUAGAGCCUGGACCGACGACAAGGAGUUGUUGAAGGUUCUCUACGCCCAUCCUCCAGCAAAGCAUGAAACGCAUGAUGAGAAACAAGAUGAUGCAGACGCUCUCGAUUCGUCUUCGCCAGACUCUACUGCCGAGAAGGUCAAGUCCGACGAGCAACUGCCACAAUCGCAUUAA